CCCCAGCCCGCUACGCUGCUCCGGCCGCGUGUGCAGUGUCCGGUCCGUGCGCCGGUUUUCCUGCCCCUCCCCCCCAGCGCCCCCGCCCGGUUUCUUCGCGCGGCGCUCCCUGCCGGCCGGUCCCACGUCCCAGCCUUGCCCCUCGCGGACGCGGCCGGCUGACCGCCCAGGGUAAUGGUCUGCGGGCCGAGUUUUUGGAGACAGGAAGUGAGGAAUGCGAGCCCCAUGAGCGCGCCGCGGCGCGGGCUGGCGUGCGGACGAGGCUGCGGCGGCCGCGCCACCGGGCCCGGGGAGGCGGGCCCCUGAGCGGGCGCGCGGCCCCGAGGAUGCGGGAGCGGGAGCAGCGCUGGCGCGGAUGCUCCCUUCACCUGGCCUUCGGAAACUGAAUUGGUUUUUAAUGGCGGCAGCUGCUGCUGGGUGAGCAGCUGGAGACUGAACAGCACCCAUCCUGUGAGGAAAGGAUCGCUUCCUCCGCCGUCACCACCGCUGGAUUGGUGGUGGUGCUUUUCCCUCUUUGCCCUCGACUCUCGAAGGGAGAAGAAGAUGCCACUGCCAUUUGGAUUGAAACUGAAACGCACUCGGCGCUACACGGUGUCCAGCAAGAGCUGCCUGGUUGCCCGGAUCCAGCUGCUCAACAAUGAGUUUGUGGAGUUCACUCUGUCUGUGGAGAGCACUGGGCAGGAGAGCUUGGAGGCUGUGGCCCAAAGACUAGAGCUGCGGGAGAUCACUUACUUCAGCCUCUGGUACUACAACAAGCAAAAUCAGCGCCGGUGGGUAGAUUUGGAGAAACCUCUAAAGAAGCAGCUGGAUAAAUACGCAUUGGAACCUACCGUCUAUUUUGGAGUGGUGUUUUAUGUGCCUUCUGUUUCACAGCUGCAGCAGGAGAUUACCAGGUAUCAGUAUUAUCUGCAGCUGAAGAAAGACAUCUUGGAAGGAAACAUUCCUUGUACAUUAGAACAAGCAAUUCAGUUAGCUGGCUUAGCUGUUCAAGCUGAUUUUGGUGACUUUGAUCAGUAUGAAUCCCAAGACUUUCUGCAGAAAUUUGCCUUGUUUCCUGUGGGAUGGCUACAAGAUGAAAAAGUAUUGGAAGAAGCAACCCAAAAAGUGGCUUUAUUACAUCAGAAAUACAGGGGGCUCUCAGCUCCUGAUGCUGAACUGCUGUACAUGCAGGAGAUAGAGAAAAUGGAUGGCUAUGGAGAAGAGAGCUACCCUGCCAAGGACAGCCAAGGAAGUGAUAUAUCCAUCGGAGCAUGUCUUGAAGGUAUCUUUGUGAAACACAAGAAUGGGAGGCCUCCUGUGAUAUUUAGGUGGCAUGAUAUUGCCAACAUGUCCCACAACAAGUCCUUUUUUGCAUUAGAGCUGGCAAAUAAAGAAGAGACGAUCCAGUUUCAAACUGAAGACAUGGAAACAGCAAAAUACGUAUGGAGACUCUGUGUUGCUCGACACAAAUUUUACAGACUAAACCAGAAUAGCUUGCAAACUCAGACUGUCACGGUGAACCCAAUUAGGAGGAGGUCUUCUUCAAGGAUGUCUUUGCCUAAACCCCAGUCCUACGUGAUGCCUCCCCCACCCCAGCUGCAUUAUAAUGGACAUUAUACAGAACCAUACACUUCCUCCCAAGAUAAUCUCUUUGUGACCAACCAGAAUGGAUACUACUGUCACUCUCAGACCAGUUUGGAGAGAGCCCAGAUCGACUUGAGUGGUAGAUUCCGUAAUGGUAGUGUCUACAGCGCACACAGCACCACCUCCUUGAAUAAUCCCCAGCCCUUCUUGCAGCCCUCACCUAUGUCCUCUAACCCAAGUAUUUCUGGAAGUGAUGUCAUGAGACCUGACUACAUCCCCUCCCAUCGGCACAGUGCCCUCAUCCCCCCAUCUUACCGCCCCACCCCGGAUUAUGAGACUGUGAUGAAACAGCUCAACAGAGGAAUGAUGCACUUAGAGAGGCAGAGCCACUCGCUGAGAAACCUCAAUAUUGGCAAUUCAUACGCCUACAGCAGGCCCGAUGCCCUGGUCUACAGCCAGCCGGAAAUUCGGGAGCACGCACACUUUACCUCUCCCCAGUCAGCCCACUAUCCAUUCAAUUUGAAUUACAGUUUCCACAGCCAGUCUCCUUACCCCUACCCAGCAGAUAGGCGGCCUGUGGUGGGAGCAGUCAGCGUGCCUGAGCUGACCAACGUGCAGCUCCAGGCCCAGGAUUACCCAGCUCCAAACAUCAUGAAGACGCAGGUGUAUCGCCCACCCCCACCUUACCCAUACCCGAGGCCCGCCAACAGCACCCCAGACCUGUCCCGCCACCUCUACAUAAGCAGUAGCAACCCAGAUCUCAUCACCAGGCGAGUCCAUCAUUCAGUCCAGACGUUCCAAGAGGACAGCUUGCCAGUGGCUCAUUCUCUCCAGGAGGUCAGCGAGCCUCUUACCUCGGCCCGGCAUGCUCAGUUACAAAAGAGGAACAGCAUUGAGAUAGCUGGGCUGACUCACAGCUUUGAAGGUAUGCGGCUGAAAGAGAGGACCAUGUCAGCAUCAGCAGCAGAUGUGGCACCGCGGGCCAUCUCAGCAGGCUCCCAGCCCAACGUUUUCAUUGAAAGAACAAAACAUGAAGAGCCCGAAGAGCAGGAAAGCCUGAGAUAUGGUCAUAAAAAGUCACUAUCAGAUGCUACCAUGCUGAUACACAGCAGUGAAGAAGAGGAAGAUUUGGAAGAAGAAAACAAAACAUGUGCAACUCUCUCUCCCCAUGCUCAGGAGCCCCGGCAAGCUGCCCUGGGCAGUUACUCCCAAGAACUGCAGCCAAGCUACUCUUGUGGUUCUGUCGCUCCAGUCGCUGGCCCACUGCAUAUUCUCGAGCCCAAGUCCCAUGGGACAGAGACUGAGAAGAGGGUGAGGGACGUCAGCCCCAUCCCCGUGAUAGGUGAAGCCCAGCAGCUCAAAAGAGAUGGGUUGCUGGUGCCCUCCAUGUCCGAGUCUGACCUCACGACGUCACGGCGAUACCGUGGGAGGAGGGAUUCUCUGAAGAAAAGGCCCGUGUCGGAUCUCCUCUCUGGAAAGAAGAACAUUGUUGAAGGACUUCCUCCACUAGGGGGAAUGAAAAAGAGUCGAGUAGAUGCAAGAAAAAUUGGUCCUCUUAAAUUGGCUGCCCUCAAUGGACUCUCUCUCUCUCGAUUGCCUUUGCCUGAUGAAGGAAAGGAAGUGCCUACUAGAGCAACUAAUGAUGAAAGGAGUAAAAUUCUGGAACAGCGGUUAGAACAGGGAAUGGUAUUCACAGAAUAUGAAAGAAUUCUUAAAAAACGCCUGGUUGAUGGGGAGUGUUUGACUGCUCGGCUCCCUGAGAAUGCAGAAAGAAAUCGAUUCCAGGACGUGCUUCCCUACGAUGAUGCCAGGGUGGAGUUGGUCCCAACUAAAGAGAACAAUACUGGUUAUAUCAACGCAUCACAUAUUAAGAUUACUGUCAGUGGAAUCGAGUGGGAUUAUAUUGCCACGCAGGGACCAUUGCAGAAUACAUGUCAGGAUUUCUGGCAGAUGGUAUGGGAACAGGGAAUUGCAAUUAUAGCAAUGGUGUCAGCAGAAGAGGAGGGAGGAAGAGAGAAGAGCUUCAGGUAUUGGCCACGACUUGGUUCCAGGCACAACACCGUCACAUAUGGAAGGUUUAAGAUCACAACCCGGUUCCGUACAGAUUCUGGCUGCUACGCCACCACAGGCUUGAAGAUGAAGCACCUUCUCACGGGGCAGGAGAGGACAGUGUGGCAUCUCCAGUACACAGACUGGCCUGAGCAUGGCUGUCCAGAGGACCUCAAGGGAUUUCUCUCAUACCUUGAAGAGAUCCAGUCUGUUCGACGUCAUACUAAUAGCACAAGUGAACCCCAAAGCCCCAACCCUCCAUUAUUGGUCCAUUGCAGUGCUGGAGUAGGAAGGACUGGUGUCGUUAUCUUAUCAGAGAUCAUGAUUGCCUGUCUGGAACACAACGAGGUGCUGGAUAUCCCACGAGUACUGGACAUGCUGAGGCAACAGAGGAUGAUGAUGGUGCAGACCCUCUGCCAGUACACGUUUGUAUACAGAGUUCUCAUUCAGUUCCUGAAAAGCUCAAGGCUCAUAUAAGCUCCUACAACUUCCUAUGGGGACCCAAUCUUGUGAAGCGUUUGCAGCUAAGCAGUGCUUGCCUAACUCAUACUUUCUCCUAGACACUUGAUCCACACAGAAUGAUACAUCGGGAUGUCAGUGGUGUGGUGUGAAUGGCAGUGCACUGAAGGAACUGUGCAAAGCACGAGGCUGAAGAGGGGAAUUUUUAACCUGGGAAUGGUGCUGAAGGAGAGACUUGGUUUUGAAGGGCAUUGCCCUGCCCUAGGCUGUCAGAUUUGCAGCCCUUGCACAGAUUUUGGAGGUUGUAUUUUCUAGACAAUUCUCUAUCUUACUGAAGCUAUGCUGGACAAUUCUGGCAAUAAUUAAGGCAGUGUAUAGAUUUCUAUCUUAAACCAGUUUUUGAAAAUGAAAUUUUAUUUUAUGACUAAAACCUUUAGGGGUUUUUUAAGUGAGAAACUAAACUAUCCCUGGGGAUGAUCCACAGAUAUGAAUGGUUCCUGUGUAACUUUGUAUUUAAAACCAAGUUACCAUCUUUUAUUUUUAAAAACCUUGGAUACUUACGGUUUAGUUACCAAAUCUAAUAGAGAAUCUAAAGGUGUUAUUUUGAAACAUAGAAAGCAUUUUUAUAUUCAGAAAAUUUUUUAUCCUAAAAAUUCUAUAUAUUUGUACCUUCUAUAUUUUCCAAACAAGAGCUCAACUCAUUAAGAUACCGAAAUGAGUCAGUUAAUGUAAGGAAAAGUUGGGAAUGAAGGCACGUUAUUUAAAAUGUAAAAGAAUAAUCAGUCACUAUUUUUUCAGUAUUACUCAUAAAUCUAAGUGUUUGAUUUUAUUGGUUGAAAAUGAAGUGAAAAAGUUGCACUUUUUUGUUAAAAACAAUAAAUUUGAGUUUUUGCAUAUGUGUUGCUUUAUAGAUGAAACAGUAACACUGGCAACAAUGGACGUAAGUGUUUUGGAAGAGGUAAAGAUGAAGGGUGAAGAGUAUGUAGGAUAACUAGGGCAAGAGCAAGUGUGGUGUGAUGGGAAAUGAGGGUGCCUUUGUCUUUAUAAAAACACAGUGUUAUCUUACUGAGAUUGAGGUGCUGGGGUGGAAAGCGGUGGCUCGGAGUGUAGGGGCUGACCCUGCACUCCCCCAGCCAUCCCCAGGGACUGCAGGCCCUGUCACUGUCGGGGACUUAACUGUCUCCUUGGAGUUCUUCCACCUGAACCUCAGUUCUUUUUUCACAAAUAAAAUCAGAUUUAUAUUCUCAUUGAAAGAAGCCUUGAAAAGACUUCAUUUUCUUUUGGUUGAAAGAAGGGAAUAGUUAGUCAUAGUUUCACCUUUUCUCCCAAACCACAGCCCAAACUUGUGGGGCCACCAGAGAUUGAUAUUCAAGAGGUGCUAGAAUUUUAGCCCCUUAGUCCCUCGCUCCACCCCUGAGGUCAGUUUUUGUUCCUUGUAUCACGCCCCACCCCCAUCCCAUUUAGGCACACCCCGGUGGGCAGAGCCAGGUUGAAUUGAAGGGGAGACGGUCACCUCUGAUCCAGGCUAAGAGGUUAGGGUCACGGGCAGUUGGGUAAGUGAGGGCUAAUUGAUGUUUUUAGUCAAGGACUUAGCUCUUCUUUUUUUUUUUUUUCCUAAGAUUGCUUCCCCACAAUGUAGAGCUUCCCAAAAUGUAGACUCUAGGCCUAUUUCUCCAAAUUACAAUAUUCUAGGAAUGGUUCUGAUUUCCAUGUUAUCUCCUGAAGAAUUUAAUUCACUACAGUGACUGCUAAGUCAGUGUUGUCAGUCAUGAGACAGGACUUCCUGCAUAUCUCUGUGGGUCCACCUGAGUUACCCAGAAACCAAUCACUUGAAAGGAAAAUUCAGAAGUAUUAAUCAGAAUGAAUACUGAAAGUGGGCACAUCUCUUACUUAGGAAAAAAAUACCAAUUUAAAAUCUAAAUUUUUUUUAAAAGUCUUGUUUAAAGAACAAAGUAGACCGAAAUGGAGGUAUUCAGAAAAAGCUCCCCAGAAGAAUGAGUAGGAGUUUUUAUAGUAACAUUUUCUAACUCCACACCCUAUAUAAAGAACGAAUGUUUUUGAUGCUUUUUUUCUUCCAGUGGUACGUUUUUAAAAAUGCUUUUCUGUAAGCUUUAAAUAUUUUGGAGUGUCCCAUUGACAAGAACGUAUUGUAAACUGAAAUUAAAGAGUAAUAUAUGGUAUAUUUGUGUUCCUAUUGUAAAAAUUUGAUUAUAAGUAAAUUACUUAUGAGGGCAAAAUUACAACUGUUUAAAUUUGUCACUCUUAAAAUAUUGCAUGUUUGACAUAGAGUCAUGUAAGUUUUUUGUCCCUUUUGAAGUUUUAAACUUUUAAUGGCAGUUAGUGAAUAUGAAAGUAUUUCUGAAUAAAAAUAAAUCUGUAUUACUAGACUUUGAAAUAAUGUGAUUUUCAAGAGCAAACUGUAGAAGACUGAGGAUUUUCUUAGGUUUGCCACUUCUGAACUGAGGAUGUUACUGUCUGCCAGACUUACAAAAUGCUUCAUGUUUCCUAGUGUCCAGUCCUUCAAUAUUAAUUUCAUUUUAAAAUUACCAAAAUAUACAUUUUCACAAAGAGUAGAUUAUAAAUCAGUAUUUUUCACUGAUUAGUAUUGGUUAUCUCUGGCAUCAUAGUUUUCCUGAUUACUGGGGUCUUUUGAUGAAAUACUCCAGUUGAUAGUUUUGAGCAUGGAAAGUGCACAUUUUAGAAUAUCAUUUGGAAUGUUAAUGGCAGUUUUUCUUAUUUUCCUCUGGAACAUCAACUGUGAAGCAUUCAGAAAGCCCUAGAAUUUAGCACUUUUAAAACUGUUUGGCAGGAUUAAAACAGAAGCUGAACCUGGGUGUCCUUAGAAACUUCUGGAAAGACCAAGGUCUAGCCAGAACCACAGAGGAGUGCUGUGGCCGAGGACCCAGUGAUGGCAUGGCCAGUUUUUCUGGGAAGCAUUCAUCAGAAGAAAGCAAUAAUUUAAAAUGGGUUGAUCUGUUAAUGGUUAACAAUAUUAAGAAAAUUACUAUAAAACUGGAGGUCUACUGCAACUUGCUGGUUUAUUCUUUGAGAUUUGCAUGAGGAAAUAGAAACAGGAAAUACUGUUUUGUGUUAAGUAAGUCUCUUCAGAGGUACUCUUUUGGAUUUCAAUUUUGGGGAACUUGCUUCCCUAGAAGGAGAUUUCGUUUGGGACAAGCUAAAACUCUCUCUUUCUAGUUUAAAGUUUAUUUUUAUAAAAAAUCUCUAAAUUGGAAGGCAUUCUUUUUUGAAUGGAGGGAUAGACAUUUUAAAAACAGGAAUAGGUACCUUAGGAAUUUGCCUGGGAAAUGUUUCUCAAAAGAACAUGAAUUUUUCAAAUUCCUGUGGAAAAUGAAUCCAUUUACCUACUAUGUAUAAUUACUUUAAAGUGAGGAAAAAAAUCAGAAUGACCAGUUAAAGUUUGCAUGUGUUGGGGUGGACAGAUAGAGGCGUUUAGAAGAUGUUUGAAGGGGUUCUUGGAUUGUUAAACUGGCAUAAUUUUAGAAAUAUGACAGGCAGUUCCCAAAUAGCAAAAAUUGUGCUCUGAAAAUUCAGUUGUAAGUUUAAUUUUUAUAUAUAUAUACAUAUUCUUUUUUAUUGAGAUUGUUCACAUAGCAUACAACUAUCCAGAGAUCCAAAGUGUACAAUCAAUUGCCCACGGCACCACCAUAUGUAAGUUUAACUUUUAAGAUAGAGUAAUAUUUUCCUUUGUAAACCAUUCUCUUAGAUGGAUGUUAACUUUCUUGCCUUGUCCUCUCAAAGGUGAUUUAAACCCUGGGGAACCUGAAGUGUAAGCAGUGGUGCAAACCCAAACCCCCAAGUUAUGUGCCAAGAAAACAUAGCGGUAUUUCUCCCUCCUGCCCCCUGGUGGUGAGAUCAGAGAAUGACCUCUCCCCACAUCUACCAAGCAGCCGGGACUGAGAGUAUGAAGUCAGCUUGGGAGAUCCCACAUGAAGUGAAUAUCCCAGCAUUUGUUACAAAACAUGAUUGGAACUUGUAGAAUUAGGAAAAGGAUGGGAGAUAAUGAUGAAGUGAACAGGGCUGCUGCCUGUUCUGAGGUGGGGCAAAGGUGGAAGAGGAAGAAAGGAAGAACUGGCGAAACAUUCCCCUGCCUUCCCUGUAGCUACGUACUCAUCUUCUUUGGAUGGUCACAGGCAUGACCCAGUGAGGAAAUAGCAGUUCCAAGGCAAAUCUUCCUAGAUAAAUUAAGAUCUGCCUGCACAUCGUAUUUCCAAAAAUGUUCAAAUUACUCAGAUAUACUUGAGAAAUUAAAAUAUUUAAUUUUCAAAAAUCUAAAGCAAAUCUAAUUUUUUCCAACAUUUUAAUAGGUUAAGAAAGAUAAUAACCAUAUAUUUAUUUUAAAUUACGCUUUAUUAUGAUAAAUAGGUACAAAUGGGUGACAAAAAAAGGAAUAAUUGUGUUAGUACUAACUGUUGAACUUCUAACUAUAUGGCUGAUGCACUAUUCUCAAUUUCUGAAAAUUACUUAUUAGCUAAGCAUGCUUUGGUUAUUGUUACUUCAUUUCCAUUAAAUGACUGUGUUGUGUCAUAUAAACACAACACUGUCUAUAGUAAGUAGUACAUAUAUAUACAGCUUAUUCCAGUGUAAUAAAUUAGCAAUUUUAGCUGAACUGGUAGAUGGUUUUUAAACUGUAUAAAAAGAUAACUUUAUUUCAGUUUCAAAUGUGUAUACUCCUGAAAUUUAAGUGUGCAUGUGUAUUUUAUAUCCCCACUCUAAAAACUUGGUGAAACAAACAUCUGCAGUAUUCAUACAGGAACAGGUCUAUAAAGCCAAAGAAAUCCAGAAGAUUUGACAAUUAUCUGCGUUAACCAGAACACAAAUCUGUCCAGGCCUCAGUUUUUCAGGUAGAUUGUUAAGAGUAGUCUAGAUUUAACGAUAAUUCCAUAUGCUCAUUCAUCCAGAGAGUAUUUUUCCUGUGAGUGCAAAUGCCACAGGUCAGGCUGCGGCCACCAGUGCUGACAGACGGUCCAACCUUUCUUAUCCUUGAAGUUUAUUAGAAAUCACUUGAAAUUCAUGGAUCAUUGAAUAGGGCAUAAAUCUUUUGCUACUUAUUUUAUGGUAAUAAACUUUACUGAAGUGUCCCGAAAAGAUCUAAUGGUUUUAUAGCUUUAACUGGAAUAUUAUCAGUGGAAUACUGGUUUAGUCCACCAAACAGCAUUGAAAAAAAUCACAAAUUCUCCAGAGGUGACAAAUUUAUUUCCAUAACAUAUUGCAUAAAAACAAGAUUUAAAAUAAUAUAAAGCCCCUAACCCAACGUGAGUCAAUCAAAAAGGAGGAACCAGGCUUCUAUCUCAUGCCAUUUUGAAUACCAUGUCCAUUUUAAAGAAAAAUUUUGGAAGUUGUUUUUCUCAGAAAUAAGAAUGAAUAAAACUUGAGAGGAAAAGAAACAAGAAAAAUUGUAUAAUUUGCAACUACUUUUAGAUUGGUGGAGCGCUAAUGGGUUUUAUUUGCUUAGCUUGGUUUUCCUGGCACAAGAGAAAAAUUGAAAUAGUUAUUGUGUAGGGAUGUUUCUAAUGUUUUUAAAAACUUUUUAAUAUGAUCAACUUAAACAGUCCUCCAUAUUAGAUUUUUUCAAUUCUAUUAAAAGUAAGCAGCUCAACUUGUCAUUAUAGAAUUGAGCUAUUAAAUAUUUAUCAUUAUACUUAUUUUCUAAGUAAUACAUUGGAAAAGGGGAAUAAAAUGUAUUUCUCAUUAUAAUAAGCCUUUUUAAAAACUUUAUACAUAGUCAAACCUUGCUAAAAGAUUGAUGGAUGCUGUGCCAUUGUGCUUUAUUUUUGCUUUUUUUCUCAAGUAAUUUUUUUACAACAAAAUAUGAAACACUUGGAUUUUUAUCAUAAAAUGUUAAACAAGUAAAUAUUUUCCUAUGAAAACACCCUAAUGUUUUACUCUAUUGUACUUAAUAGAGGGAACUAUUCUGAUUUAUAAAGAAGGCCUCUAGUUCAGUGAAGAAUUACGCUAUAACUAGGAAUGUUAGGUAUAUUUCUAUUGUAUUGUCUAUUUAAAAACAAAGCAAUACAAAUCCUACUCAUAGUAAAUUUAGCAAAGCAUACUUUUUUAAAAAUCAAGAUAGCAAAUCUCUUUAAAGAAAAUUCCAACAGAAGUUAUGAUUUAAUAGGCCUAACAAAUUUUUAAACCCAAAAUUUGGAGAAAAUUUAUACAAAAUACAUUUUCUAAGAAAGUUGCCUUAUAAUUCAAGCAAUGCAGUGAGUAUUCUACCUUUUUGAAAUGGUAGUAUAAAUAGUUGUAUUUUUUUCUAGUUUUAAAAGCAGUUUUAUGUGCUACAGUCUGGUGAUCAAUAAUGUAAGAUCAGAAGAGCCUAAUUCUUGUAACCUGUAAUUGGUUUGCAGAAGUAUAUAAAUUUAAUGGGCAAAAAAGUUUGAAUGACUGAAUGUAAUAUAUGUGGAAUGAAUAUAUUAAGUCUAUUUUUCCCAUGAAAAUAAAUAUUUGAAGCAAGA